AGAGAGAGAUAUGGAGGGAGAGAACUCAUCCAACGAUGUAUACAGAGAGUGCCUCAGAAACCAUGCAGCCAGUCUCGGCAGCUACGCCACCGACGGCUGCGGGGAGUUCACACUCGACGACACAUCCUCCCCAGGCGGACUACAAUGCGCCGCCUGCGGCUGCCACCGCAACUUCCACCGCCGUGUCACCUACGCACCCGGCGUAGGCAGAUCAUCCGGAGUAGCCGGCACUGCUCAUCACCGCGUCAUCAGCUGCAGCAGUCGAGGAGGCCGAGGAGAUCUUCAUCAUGAUAUGAUGACGUCACAGGAGCUGAUUGACUACAAUGUUGGCGGUGGAGGGGGAGCGGCUGCAAGGCAGAUGAUGGUGGUGGAGUCGCCGGACAGCGGGGACAGGAGCGGGAGCGGGAGGAAGAGGUUCAGGUCCAAGUUCACGGUGGAGCAGAAGGAGAAGAUGCUGGCGUUUGCGGAGAAGCUGGGGUGGAAGCUGCAGAGGAAAGAUCUAGAAGAUGAGAUUGAGAGGUUCUGCAGAAGUAUUGGGGUGAGCAGACAGGUUUUCAAAGUGUGGAUGCAUAACCACAAGAACCUCUCCUCUUCUUCUUCAGCAUCUACAACUGCCAAUGCCUCUUCUCUCACAACCCAGUAGUUCAUCAGUUGAUUAACUAUCUAGCUAGCACUGCCCAUUUCUCCUCUUGAUCUCUCUGCUAUUUCUAUCUAGGGUAAGUAGAAUAAUUCAUCAGUGUUAAUUUUCCCCUCUAUGUUCUUUCUCACUCUCCUCUCUCUCAGCAUUUGAUUGAGCUUAGGUCUGAACUUCGAUGGUAAUUUGAUUGUAAUCUAUUGGAUGAAAUGCCAUUUUCUUAAUUCAUUUUCCCAAAACUUAAUCUAACUUGCAUCGAUCUUCCUUUCUGAUCAGUAAGUUGCAUUUUCCUUUCUGAUCAGCUAAUUGCAUUUUCUUAGCUACACAAAAUGGUCUCGUAUAUAGUGUAU